GCUCACAGCAAACACGGUGCACGGAGCCGGUGGAGAUUUCUGCAGAGAUUAUCGCUCAUCUUUCCAGGAUCUGCGUCUGCGCCGUGCAUAAGGGCCGCAUUCCGCUCCCUGCACGCGCCUCUCUGUCUCGGCUUGGGUCGGGUUUAUCCGUGAGUGGCUCCAGGAAACUUUCACAACAGGUGGUUUCUUACUUUCCCCCAGCCCCGCCGGGAUGAUGGAGUGACAUUUCCAAAGCAAUCAUCACUCAGUUAGCGGGGACGCGCCGAAAAUACGGACAGCCAGGAGCAGUUUGAGAAAGUUUCCACGAAGAGGAACGAUCUUAUAACGUUAUGGAUGUGUUCAGAAACUCCAAACCCGAGCUUAAAAGGAGAAAAACACAAACACAGACUUCACAAACAUCCAAUAGUCCCGGUUAAAUCCACAAAUGCUCACUUCAGACUCAGUUUGAGACGUUAAGUUUCCUCAUCUGGUUCAAACUUCAGUCCGGACAGUCUCUGCAGCUCUCUGAACCCGAAGCUGCUGCUGCAGGGGGGCGGUGCGCAGUCCGGCUGUCCUGCCGCUUCUUGCUCGUCUUCCUCAAUAAUUAAAUGCGCACAGCAGCAGCAGCAGCUCUCUCUCCCACCUCCCCUCCCCUCCCAUUCCCUCUCCUGGGGGAGGACAGAGGAAUGUGUCCGCCUCCAGCCGCAGAGCCGCGAGGUCAGCGGGCCAACAGGCUGACAGUAAUGUAGUAUGGAGGAGGAGGAGGAUACACACACACACACACACACACACACACACACACACACACACACACACACACACACACACACACACACGUGAAUUUAAUCUUUUUCAAGGAAUGAACUAUAAUAUGACAUUUUUAAAGAAUAAUCUAUUCAUUUCAUUUUCUAAUUUUUCGUCAAGUUUCAAAAAUCAAAAAAAGAGAAAUUCAAACUGUAAAACUGAACUGUCUUUUUGACAGAAUUUUAGGCUUUUACUCUUCAUAUUAAAAUUGUUUUAGUACUUUUAAUACAAUUUCAAAUUAAAGCUCUUGUGUGUUUUUUUUUACUGUUUAAAAAAAAAUCUUUUUGACCCAAUAAUUAACUAAGACCAUGAACAAGAAGAUAGCUUUUCCUUAAUAGUUAUUUUUAAUGCCUGAAGCCAGCAGCAGGGGGCAGGUGUCAGUCUGAGUGACUGCCCAUGACCAUAGACUGAAGUUCCGCCUUCUGCAAGUUUAAGGAUUUUAAGCCAAAAAGCUCUGGGUAAUUCUGCGUUUUUUUCUCCAUUUCUUGAACCCAACAUUGUGCAGUAGCAUUGUAUGCAUUCGGCAGGAGAGUCGCCGAGAAUCGCUGCAAUGACAUUCGGCUCACGAGGCCACAUCCAAGUUACCAAUGUUUCUGUUACCAAGUCAGAAAAAAGCUAAAUCGGAGGCCUGAAAUGAGGUGGCUACAUCAAUGGAAGUUAUUUAAGUGCUUACCUUGUCCGAGUAUAAGGCAAGCACUAAAAUAACUUUCGUAGAUGUAGCCAUCUUGUUUCUGCCUCCGAUUUUGCUUUUUUUUCAACUUGGUAACGGAAACGCUGGUAACUUGAAUGUGACGUCAUUUUCAUCUCGGACAUCUGACAUCCGAGGUAACUCGAAGGUACCAAUAGACUGUACAUACUAUGAACAACUUGGUUCCGCCCUCCGCCAGUAUACGGAUUUGAAGCCAAAAAGCUCUCGGUAAUUCUGCAUUUUUCUCAAUUUCCUGAAACUAAUAUUGCGCAGUAGCAUUAUACACAUUUGGCGGGAGAGUCGCCGAAAGUCUCUGUGAUGAGGCUCGGCUCAAACAGUGUAUCCCCUCGGGUGAGCUAUGCAAUCUUUGUAUGCCCAUAGGCUGUAUCAGGUGUCAUGUAUCAGGUAACAUCGCAAGCAGCAGGGAAAAAAAUGUGUGUUCUGUGUAAUAAAUUUCUAAAGUUUGUCCACAGCCCCAUAAGCUUUGCUGGUGGAGGUGGGAUUUAUGACCUAUACUGCAGCCCAUCAACAGAGGGUGCUGUUCUUGGAGUGGCUUCACCCAGCGAGGAGGUAGACGCUGUCCAUUCUUUAUACAGUCUAUGCCCAUGACUCAAAGCAAAAGCUCGUAAUGAGUGAUGAAUGUUUCUGUAAUAAAACAUCAUGUAUAAAAUUUCGUGUUAACAGGCACCAAUUGCACAUGUCCAAGAUGAGAUUUGUAGCGAUUAAUUUCACCAUAGGGGGCGCCAAAAUCAAUGACAAAAAAAAACUCCCUUCCCAUUUUAUUCUAAAGCCAAAUUUGUCAUUUAUUGAUCAUCUUUUCUGUGGAAAAUGUUGGGAAAAAAGGAAGAGAAAACUAAUCCUUAUGCUGAUGGUCUUUUUGCUUUUGUGUCGCACAAAGUUCAAUUUGUCACAUAACUAUCAGAAAAACUAAGGUUACUUGUGUUUAUGACCAAUAACAAAUAAACUUUGAACUGAAAUCGAAAAGCAAUUUUGUAUCCUAAAAUAUUGUUUAACUCAACUGAACUUUAUCUACAAACCUCCUUUCACACAUACAGACACACAGCCUAAUAAACGAACAGUUUGUAUAAACUACGUAUCCCAAAAUGCAUCUGUUCAGAGGACACAAAUCAACGCCCGCGGAGUUCUCCACCAAUCAGAGCACAGGCAGCCAUUUGCGUCACCAUCUCUGACCUCAAUUUUUCUGGCUAUUUUUUUCUGAGAGAGACGGAGGCUGGCGGCGCCAUAUUGAAAGAAGAAAAUUGUCAUAUAAAACGCUAAAAACGUCGAAACUGCAACCAUGUUGUACCUUGAGGAUUAUCUCGAGAGUGAGUAUCAGACUUAAAAGAACCAUUACAGGCUUCGGUGCCUUGUUUUGUGCUGUAAAUGUGUGUUAUUUCCCCGGCCGUGUCGCUCCGGCCGUUAGCCUAGCCGUGCUAACAGGGUAACGGUUUUUUCCAUUUUUUCUUCUCCCGGCAGUGAUCGAGCAGCUUCCCAUGGAUCUCCGCGACAGGUUUACGGAAAUGAGAGAGAUGGACCUGCAGGUUCAGAGUAGGUACAGCAGCAGAGCCGGCUAACGGCGGCUAACACACCGGGUUACCACACCGAGAGCAGCGGUUUGAUAUGUGUUAAUUCACGGGGACCAGAUCGGUUAUACUUUAAUGAAACAGAUUUGCAGUUUUGCUCUUUGUGAUGAGAUCGAGAAGAUAAUUAAAAACCACAAACUAAAGGAGCUGUAUUAAAGCUGUUAUUUACAGAACACCUGCUCUUCAAAACAACCACUUCUACGAGAUCCCAGUGAAUUAUUAUCUCUUUGUUGAAAUGCAUAACAGACUGUAAUAUCCAGUCAUGUUUUAUUUACAUGAUCAUAUUUAUCCAAGUCUCUUCAUACAACAAAUAGAGCAGCAUUUUAAGCAAAAUAACAGAAUAAAUAAAUUUUAGUGCAAGAUUUUGAACAUUAAUGAUAAUUUGCAUAAUUUAAUUUCUCUUCCACCCUCUUUUCAAUGUGCUUAGAUAUACUACGUUUAGAUAUUGUUUUUAAUAGUUGUGUGUUUAAAAUAUUUUAGUAAUUGUAAAUGUAAAUGUUCUUUAUUUAAACAGCCAUUUACAGCAACCCUUUCAGUGAACCAAAGUGCUUCACAAUAGACAAUAAAAAUGAAUAAAUAAAAACAUUUAAAGCAAUAAAAGAAGAAGAAGAAUAAAAUAAAGUGUCACUACGCUACUGGGAAUUAAAAGGCAGCGUAAGUGUUUUCAAUCCAGAUUUUAAAAGGCCCAGGUCAGAAAUAAGUCUCAUUUGGGUUAGGAGUUUAUUCCAGAGCCUGGGACCAGCCACUGAAAAGGCUCGGUCACCCCAGUGCUUUUCUUUUGACCUGGACACCUCCGUAGAAGUUGGUUUGACGACCUCAGAGCUCUACCCGGCUCCCGAACGAUUAAAAGCUCAGUUAAAUAGAUGGGGGCGAGGCCGUUAAGAGCUUUAAGAACAAACAUUAAAAGUUUAAAAUUGAUCCUAAAAGAGACGGGAAGCCAAUGAAGGGAGCUAAGGACAGGAGUGAUGUGCUCACAUCUGUUAGUGUUAGUUAAAAGACGGGCAGCAGCAUUUUACACAAGUUGAAGGCGACUAAGAUUGUGUGUUCUGUAUGUGCACUAUUGUUUGCACGAGUGAGAAAUUGUAUUUUGUUUUAGUGUAUGUUAAUACUGAAGAAAGUAAAUGACUCCAAAAGAAGUUUUCAGCCCCUUUGGCUGAUUCGCUCACCUGUGUGGUCAUCAGAUAGCUCAGCUGUUCAAGCGCAGUUACUCCAUAGAGCCCAAGAAUCAAUGAUAAAACGUACUGUCAAACUCAUGUCAGACAAUGUAGUCUUACAAAUAAAUCCACAUCCUUUCAAACUCUUUACAGGUCUUUCCACCUGUACAGGUGUAGAGAUUAGGCGAGGCUAUUCUGGCGAAAUAUUUAAAACUGGGUGGCACUUAUCUGUGUGUGGACAAAUUAUAAGCACAGUGUUUACGCAGCAUGAUUUCAUCAGUUACAGCCAGUGUCUAAAUCAACACCUGAAAGCACAAAAUCUCUUAAUGCAGAUUUAAAUUUGACUGGGAUAAAAACCCUUUUGUCUGUGUGUAUAAAUUAUUCAACAACUCUUUUUGUUUUUGUUAGAGCCAUUUUUGUACUACUGAUAAUUUGACAGAUAAUUGAUAAUGUUUGUUAUUUAUCCUGAUUAGAAUUCUGAGAGACUGAACAGUUGUAUAGUUUGACUUUAAAGUUUAAUUGAAGCCGAUUACUACUGCAGCUCUCCUAUGCAGUAGCUGUGGGUCUUUGAGAGCACAAUAGUUUUUGACUGUGUUUACAUAGGGUCCUUAUUUCAUCAUUAUUAUUUGUGAAAAGUAUUGUUUUGUUUGCAAAGUAAACCUCCAAGUAAAUUCAAGAAAGGAAAGAUCGACGACUAUGGUGUUUUAUUAUGGAAAUACGCGUCAACUACAUGCUCUGGUUCGUCACCUCAGAGGAUCUUCAAUCAUUAGACGGAGCUGCACUCAGUUUUUUUUAAUCUAUUUUAUUCUACUGUUUGGAGUUAAUUUAAGUGCGAGGACAUUUUGUUUGUUAUUGUAGAUUGCUGAGCGUGUUUUUGUCCCCUUUAGACGCCACAGAUCAGCUGGAGCAGAAAGUGAUCGAGUUCUUUGUCAACGCAAAGAAAAACAAACCAGAGUGGAGGGAGGAGCAGAUGGAGGUCAUCAAAAAGGUAGGAGCACCUGUCAUUCAAGAUUAGCAUGACUAUAGAGGUAACAGUUCACUGAUAGGCGCUGUGUAAGACAGGACGCAGUUUAUUCCUGAGAUUGUGUUGUUCAAACCUGUUCUGACAUAACCCACCUGUACCCUACAGUAAACGCCUCUGUGUGUUUCAGGAUUAUUACAAAGCGCUAGAGGAUGCUGAUGAGAAAGUUCAGCUGGCCAAUCAGAUCUAUGACCUGGUGAGUCAAACUGUGUUCUUGUAUCAUAAUGUUUCAGAUGGAAUAUUGAUGUGCUUAGUUGUAAGGUUUGUUCAGUCCUGCAGUGAUAUCAGGUGUUAUAAACAUCUCUUUUUAGUUCGAUUAAUCAGGCAUUAGUGAUUUAAGUAGCUGUUGUUCUUACAGAAAAUAAUGGAGAUAAAUGUGAGUAACCAGACAGAACAGACUCUGAGUUAAUGAACAGUGAGUGAGUACAGGUGUACUUUUUAAAAAGCUCUAGUCAAAACUUGAUGUUUGUCUGUUAUUCUGCUGAUUGUCCACUAGGGGGCAGUCUGAGACAGAGAAACAGCAGAGAGGGACUCGCCUUCUCAACAGAAAUUACACUUUAUUUUCCUCUACUUUUGCUAAAUCACCAUCAAUCAAACACAAAAAUAGAGUUUGAGAGGAUGAUUCCCUCUCUGUGAUGGUUCAGCAGGAAACACUCUGGGUUUGAGUGAUGAUUUUUGCCAGUUUACCUCCAAAUAAUAAUGUCGCUCAAACUCUUGGAGUGAAAGAGGCUCAAUGAUCAUGUUUUGAGUGUUAAAAUGACUGUGCUGAACUAACAGGAUGAAACUCCUAAAGAUGAGUGGGACAUCCUCAAAGAACUGAGUGAAUAAAUGAUCUUUAUUUCAUCUUAUUUUAAACCCCCCUCGUCUUCCAGGUGGACCGUCACCUGCGUAAACUGGACCAGGAGCUCGCCAAGUUUAAAAUGGAGCUGGAGGCCGACAACGCUGGCAUCACAGAGAUCCUAGAGAGACGUAAGAUCCUCACUCUGACACUAAAACCCUGAACCAUGAUCAUUAAAAGUCCUUCUUAUCUUCACUUAAGUUCUGCUUUAUGAAUAACAGAGAGCCGAAUGUGUUGAACAUCCUGUCCUCUUUCUCUUCUUCAGGGUCUUUAGAGAUGGACAGUCCAUCUCAGCCAGUCAACAACCACCACGUCCACUCUCACACCACUGCAGAGAGUAAGUACUAGCACACACCAGCGGAGAUUUGUUUAUAUGACGUGAGACUUCCUGUUGUGUUUAGUUUAAUAUUAGAGUGAUUAUAUUAAAGUGUGUUUGAACAGGUUUGUUGUGUUUGUGUGUGUUCCCAGAGAGAAAGUACAACGCUCCGACUCACCACACCACAGAGCACGUCCCAGAGAAGAAGUUUAAAUCUGAAGCUCUGCUGUCCACGCUCACCUCAGACGCCUCCAAGGAGAACACGCCGGGUAACCAACACAAACAUACAAAUAAACCUUUACAUCCUCUGCGUGUGUAUAUACCUGCUGACACCGUGUCUGCUGCAGGCUGCCGUACCAACAGCACGUCCUCGUCCACCAACAGCGUGUACAGCGUGAACUCCUCUCAGCCUCUGGCCUCAUACAACCUCAGCUCACUGCCAGCGGGGCCUGGGGCUGGUGCCGGCGCCAUCACCAUGGCUGCUGCUCAGGCUGUGCAGGCCACUGCACAGGUCAGAAACACACUCACACUUUUUAUGCACUCUUCACAGAGGCUACUUUGGCCCAACACAAAGCAAUUAAUAUUACAAUAUGAGCAUCAUUCUCAAACUACAGUGGUCUUCAAGGACAAGGACAACUUUUUUCAUUGCAAAAAUAUUUCAGUUCAAGCAAAAAAAAAAAUUUUAAACACAACAAUAUUUUAGCAAACAUGAACGAACUUUAAAAAGAAAAAACUUAAAAAGGGUUAUGAUAUUUCCCAAACACAAAAACUUUCCUCAAAUAUUUUUGGGACUUAUCUUCGAAAAUGUUUUUGUUUUAGGUUUGAAAUUGUUUUUUUACUCUGUAUUUUUUUGCAAAUAUUUUUGUGUUUCUUUAUUCAUCCUUUUAAAAAAUUUAUUUCUUCAACUUUGUGAAAGUUAUGUGAUAUGUUUUUACAUUUCAUGGAAAAGGUUUUUAAUUUAAUUCAAAUAUUUUUUUUUUGCAAAAUAUUUUUUAAAAAGGUAUUGACCUUUGCAUUAAAUGAAAUAUUUUCCCAUUUAGUGUUACGCUGUUGGAGUUAAGUGGGAUCAUUUUUGCAGACAUGAAUUAUUUGUGUCUUUGAUGUGCAGAAGUCUUUAUAGACUGAAAUGUGUUUAUUGUGUGUUAACAUGUGUGUGUCUGCAUGUGUUUAGAUGAAGGAGGGCCGCAGGACGUCGAGUCUCAAAGCGAGCUACGAGGCGAUCAAGAACAACGACUUCCAGUUGGGCCGAGAGUUCAGUCUGUCAAGAGAAAACUCUGGAUACUCCUCCUCCGCCCUCGCCUCCACCCUCACACAGACCCUCACCCCCACCACUGCCACUGACUCACGGGGACGCAAGUCCAAGUAAGACACUCAGAUGGUCACCUGGUCCACCUGAAAGUAUUUGUAUCUUAGUUCACAUUCUCCUGAGUGUGUGUUGCAUUUACACCUGUAUGACAGAAACACUUUGAACAAAAACUGAGGAUACAACUCUGACAGAUACAGAGACAACAUCAAAAACGCUCAUCCCUGAUUGUACUCUGUAAGAAAAUCUCUCUCUCUCUCUCUCUCUCUCUCUCUCUCUCUCUCUCUCUCUCUCUGUCUCUUCUAGAAGCAGCAUCAAAUCUUCAAACCAUCAGUCCUCCUCGUCCUCCUCCUCUUCCUCUCUUUCCUCCUGCUCCUCCUCCUCAGCCCUGGCUCAGGAGCUUUCCCAGCAGGCCUCAGCGCUGCCAGAGGCUGAGGCCAACAGCCAGGUGGACUGGACCUAUGACCCCAAUGAGCCGCGAUACUGCAUCUGUAACCAGGUGAGGCGUCUGCGAAUCAGGUAAUAGUACAGUCCACUGGUUCAGCUUCAGAUCAGCCAUGUUUUUACGGUAAAAGUACAAAGACAGUUGGGUGUGUUUUGGCAUGUUUCAGUUCUCAGUCAGUCACUCUGAAAGUUUCUUUAGCUCUUUGUUUUGCUGUCAAAAAGUCUGAUUUAGAAAUAAAUGAAGCUCACCUGCAGUUUAAUUCAGGGAAAGUAAGUUAUGUGUUGUUAAAAUGUGAUAUUUCUGCUCUCUGCUUACUUUGCUGAUCACAUCGUUAUUAAUUUCCUAUUUUCAGGUGUCCUAUGGAGAGAUGGUGGGCUGUGAUAACACAGAUGUGAGUAUCAUAUUUAUUAAUCACUGUGUUUAUGAUGAAGAUGACCUAGUGGUAAAGUUUAGGCUGCAUUAUUAUGAGAACUGUAAAUGUGAUUGUUAUUUUUAUAAAUAACUAAAGUUAUAAAUGAAAUGUGUUGUGAUAGUAGUGACAGAGGAGCAGGUGUUGAGUGGUACUGUGUGCUCAAACAUGUCUGUCUCAGUAACAUGUCUGAUUAUUACAAGUAUUGAUAUUGUUGUAUUUGUUGUUGUUUAUGAUCAGUAAUCUAAAUCUCUGUCUCCCCCUCCAUCAGUGUCCGAUCGAGUGGUUUCAUUACGGCUGUGUGGGGCUGACUGAGGCUCCUAAAGGGAAGUGGUUCUGUCCUCAGUGUACGGCCGCCAUGAAGAGGAGGGGCAGCCGACACAAAUAGACUCCACCCACCAGCCUACCUGCCCGUCUGUCUGUCUGUGUUUCGGCCCUUUUGGACUCUAACAGAACACAACAGCCAACCCCUGCAGAGGUCAGAGAUCAAUAGACUGCUAACACUCAAACCAACAGAAAGAAAGAGAAAAAAAUCUGAACUCUUGAGUUUAUAAUCUGGAAUUAUGAUCUCAGGAUGUAAAAGUUUCAACUCUGAAAUAUGAGCUCAGUCUGAAUGUUGUAACUUUAUCUAAUAAUCCUGACUUUAUCCUGAUGAGACUGAUAUCUCAACAUAAACUCAGGACCAGAGUUGAAGUUUAAUCUUGGAUCAGACAAACAUUAGAACAAAAGGAAAACCUGACUUUACGAUGCAGAAUAGAAAAAAUGAAUUUCUAAAUCCAGAUUAUUUUGAUCCACAUUAAACUUUUGUUGUGUGUCUGGAUCUCUUAUGAGAACUUUACAGAUCACAGAAAUUCAAAUAAAAAUAUCAUACUCUUAAUUAAACCUCAAAAUAAUCCAGAUUAUGAGAGAUCUAAGCGAGCAGGGUCAGAGUCUAACAAUGAUCUGAAUCUGAACAGACGGUUAAAAGCAGAGAAGGCAGAGUUAAAAGAGAAGUAUUUUUACUUUAAUGAGGAGCAGUGAAACUUCAGUCCAUGUCAGCUGACUGAAAACAACCUCACACACAGCUCACCUGGACAGGUCAGAGGUCAGGGGUCAAGCUGUGGGGGUCAGGUGGUUUAAAUAUAGUCAGACUUCAGCAGCAGCAGAAGGAAGAGGAGAGUGUUUACCUGCAGUCAGACAGACGAGCAGAGUCUGAGUCAUCUGACAGAGAAAAUCAAGCUAAAGAUUUUGUCAUUCAUCUCAGAGAGCAGUCAGUUUUUCCCAUGAGGCUGUGCUCCCCGGCCAUGCUGGAAUAAAAAAAAAAUUACGACCUGUUGGACUACAACUACAGGAGCCUGAUGGACUCAAACUUCAUCUGAACCUGAUGGAGAUUAUUUUUCUCCUCUGACCUCAAAAAAGUUUUCAGAGUGAACGACAGAAACGUGACGGAGUGUGUUUGUCAGUGUGUGUGUUUGUGGAAGCAUCUGAGUGUGUAACUGUGUGUUUGUGUAAAUGUGUGUGUUUGUUUCCUGGUGGUUUAAACAUGAAAAGUCCAAUAAAGUGAUGAAGAUUUUUUGGUAUCUGCUGACUGUUCUCCAUUUUGACUCUGCGGUGAGAAUGGAUGAAUGGAACGAGGGACUGGAUCUUCAAACUGCAGAUUUAGAUGUUUGAGGUGAAAAGUAGAACAAACUUUGAACCUGACAUCUCAAAUGGAGUUAAAAGUUCUCACUGUUCUACAAAAAUAGACGUGUGAAACUUUUUUUUCCAUUAUGAAACUUAAUUUAAAAAACAUUGGAGGUCAUCAGUGAACGACUGAUAAUUCUAAUUGUCAAAAGCUGCUAUAACUAAAAUUUUACAAUAAUGUCAGUAUGGUUUAUUAAAUGAUACAGAGGUAUUCAGAGGUACUCAUCUACAGAGGUGAUAGUCUUCAGAAAAAAGGCUAACUUAAAGUGAAACAAAUGAAACAACAUUUUGAACUGAAAAUUUGCACUUCAAAGUGAUGUAUUUUUGAUUUUAAGGAAAUGAUACCGGUUCUCAAAUUAAAAAAAAAAGAUCUAUAUAAAUAAAUACAUAUAUAUAUUUUUACACCCCUGUGUGGGAUGUACCACGGACAGAUAGCUGAAGUGGCUGAUAUGAGCAAAUCCUACCAAUGGAUGGAGAGGGCUGGACUGAAGGACGGCACAGAGGCACUCAUCAUGGCGGCACAAGAACAGGCCUUGAGCACCAGAGCAAUAGAGGCCCAGAUCUACCAUACCAGGCAAGAUCCCAGCUGAGGCUGUGCAAAGAGAGCCCUGAAACAGUCCAACACCUAACAGCAGGAUGUAAGAAGGUGGCAGGAAAAGCAUACAUGGAACGCCAUAACCAAGUAGCCGCUAUAGUGUACACAGGAACAUCUGUGCAGAAUCUGGACUGGAAACCCCAACGU